AUGGAGGACGAAACUGUAAAAGGUUUACUUCACAAAAUUUUGAAAUCUGUCGAACUUUUAAAAAAAGAGCAAGACGCGCUCUCAGCAAAGUUUGAUUCAUAUGAAAAACAAACUAAUGACAAAUUAACAAAGCUACAGGCUCAAUUGAAGCCAAGUAGUGAAAAAAUCGAAAAAACUAAAGUCAAAGAAGUCCAGCCAAAGCCCAAUGUAACGUCUAAAGGAUCUAAAUUAUAUCCUGAUAUAAUAAUUUUGACAACAUAUCCUGACCAAUUUGGUAUUAAACCUAUACCUCUUGAAUGGGGCGAACAUGAUCCAGAAGCUCGUGGUCCAGUGUUAGCAUCUCGUCAUCCUUCAAGUAUUAAGAUUCGCAAUGCAAUUGGUGCAUAUGGUGGCUCUUACUGUGUAUAUCGUGCAUUGGCUGUUGCUAUGGGUGCUCUUGAUCUCGAUCAUCGCCCCGAUUUUCAAAAUACAGAACCCACUGUCACAAUAGGUCCUCAUCCCCAAUGGGGAAUACCCGAUAAAAUUGUUUCUCUUGAUCCUUUUGGUCAUCUUACUACUUCUUUGUUUAGUAGUCAAAUUGCUCAAGGACUAGAUAUUCGUCCUACAAUUGCAAUAACAAAAGCUCACAUGAAGGUACCUGAAAUUGAAAACCUUGUAAAGGAAGGAAAGUUAAAAGUUGAUGGAAAUAUUGUGUUAAAUGAAACUGGUGAAUUGAACGUUGUGAAAGCUGCUGUUGAACCCGUUUGGUAUUUGCCUGGUGUAGCUUCAAGAUUUGGUAUUGAUGAAGGUGCUUUACGUCGUGCUCUUUUUGAAGAUACUGGUGGCAUGUAUCCAGAAUUAAUCACUCGUCCUGACCUUAAAGUCUUUUUACCUCCCAUUGGUGGUCUAUCUGUAUAUAUAUUUGGUAAUCCUGCUUUCAUUAGCGAUUCAUCAAAGCGGUUAACGGUACGAGUUCAUGACGAAUGUAAUGGCUCUGAUGUGUUUGGUUCGGACAUUUGUACAUGUAGACCAUAUUUGAUAUAUGGUAUGGAAGAAAGUGUUAAGGAAGCUCAGAACGGCGGUGCUGGUGUUAUCGUUUAUUUCCGUAAAGAAGGUCGUGCGCUUGGUGAAGUAACCAAAUAUCUCGUAUAUAAUGCGCGUAAACGUUCAGCUGGUGGUGAUACUGCAGAUAAUUACUUUUUACGUACUGAGAACGUUGCCGGUGUUAAAGAUAUGCGAUUUCAAGCUUUAAUGCCGGAUGUUCUACAUUGGCUUGGCAUUACGAAGAUUGAUAGAAUGAUGUCAAUGUCCAACAUGAAAUAUGAUGCCAUCGUUGGAUCCGGAAUAUCUAUUCAUGAGCGUGUACCAAUUCCAGAUGAAUUGAUUCCACCGGAUUCUCGUGUCGAAAUUGAUGCCAAAAUCGCAGAAGGCUAUUUUAGUACCAAAAAAGCACCCUCAAAAGAAGAGCUUUCACAGGUUAAAGGUAGAGGGUGGGAUGAUAUUCAACAUUGA